UCACAACUCGCAGCAACUGUCUCCUCGUCUCUCAUCACCAUCCUCCUCCUGCUUAUACUCAUACACGAUCCUAUAAGGAUUCCGUUUGCCGUGCAAAAGGAAACUGCCUACGCCUACCGCUCCGAUCCUACCGGCUCAUCACUCUGACACGAUAUCUCCCAAUCAAGCUCCAAGCUCAAGCUCCAAGCUCCACGCUCCUUCCACCGACAACCUCCAUAUCCCCGUGCAACCUAGGCUCCGACCCAUCAACACUCCCGCCGCCCGCCGCCUUGUAAGGAUUCUACCGAGGAACAGCCACCGGUACCGAUCCUCCGAGCCGCAGACAGCCCAAGUCACAAGCAAUUCUCACGGCCGCGGCAACUCGUCCCCCGUAUACCUCCGACGCAAUGGCAAUCCCAGGCUACUGCCACCACUCGUUUAAGAUCAUCAAGUCGGAAACAACACUGCUCCUGUGGAACUGUGGCAUGUGCGGCUCAGGGCCCCACUGGUUCAUCUUCGAGUGCAAGUACUGCAAACUGAAGACGUGCAGGCCUUGCGCGCAUACCGCAUAGGGUUGAGCGGGGCGGGUGGAAUGCAAUGCACGAACUGCAUGGGUUCGCGAACAAGCGGGGGUGGGGGGAAGAGGAGGAGGAGGAGGAGGAAGAGGGUGGGAUGAGAUUGAUUUUUUCGGACAGUUGUGAUGCGGUUCGAG